AUGACAGAAGGAAAUGGAAGGUGGUUGGGCUCGGCGAGUUCGACUGGACAACAUGAUAGAAAUGUCGAGGCCGUAACUUGCCCAGUUUGCGGAAAUGAGUUGAAGAGUUUGAGAAAGCUCAACGUCCACUUGGACAAUGUACACGGUUUUAACGAUGAAAGUGCGUCCGAUGUCGAUAGCUCAAGAGAGUCAAGUGUCAUUGGUUUGAACACAUUGGUUCAAGAAAGGACUCAUGAAAGACAGAGUAAGGGGAAAUUAAAGAUGAAUACAUCUCACUGGAAGAAACCAGUAGAAGGCAAAUCGGUAUGUUUUGAGUGCGGUUGUAAGUUAAACGCCAGAAACGGUAUGAUCAAUUGCCGCAAAUGCGGCGAACUUUUCUGUUUAAGGCAUUGUAGAAAUGCCAUCAAGUUGAAUGAAAACGGUGAAUACGAUCCGGCGAGCAAUGUAUGGUGUAAAUGUUGUCACAAGUGUUAUAUCAAUAGGAAAGGUUACAAUGACUACGGACUGACUAGAAAUAUAACACAAGCUUUCGCUAAGAUAAGAAAGUUGAAGAACGAGGAUGGAGAACUUAUCACUUUGCAGCUAGAAAACAGGCUAUUGAGACUAAUAAAUGGGAUAAUUCAAUUACAUGUACGACAUCAGUCAUCGGUCUUUGCAACGUUCAGGAUCAGAGCAGGAAUUAUAGCUUUGGAACGAUCAAUCGUAGAGUGGAAGGAUGAUCAAAUGGCAACCCAAUGCGGCAUAUGCUCUCAGCCGUUUGGACUCUUGAUGCGGAAACAUCAUUGUAGAUUAUGCGGUCAGAUCGUGUGCGAUAGACAAGAAACUCGAUGUUCCAGCGAUAUUCCAGUCCUGAACCUGAUGAGUGCGGCCCCAGACCUUUCCUUCGAGAAUGUCGGGAACUUAAAAGCAAUAUCAGACCUUUCUACAGGAGUUAGAAUUUGUUCCUCCUGUCUGAGGUAUGUCUUUGCAAAGCGUAAGCUCCAAUUUAGUAAGGCAUUGAAACUACCGGAAAUUUUACAACAGUACGAAAAUCUCCACAACCUCGAAACGCUUGUAGUAAAUUUACUCCCCAGAUUCCAGAAAGCAUUAGAUUCGAUACAUAAUGCACCCGCUUCAGAUGAGACUGCGAUUCAAAACCUAGCACAAUUAAGAAGAAAGCUAUUACAAAAUUUAACGCUUUAUGACAAAUUAUCAAAAAGCAUUGUUCAGUUGGAUACAAAAUCAACAGCAGAGAAGAAAAUACAACAGUCAAUUGCCCUACAUGCAUCAGCGUUCAUCGAGGAGAAAAUGCUACCCUUGAAAAAAAUACCAGAAAUCUUGAACCCUGUGUCACAGAAAGUAGAAGUCACAACAUCAUCGGAUCUUUUGUUCAAUAAUUUAACAAUUGCGGAAGUAAAGAAGUACAGAGAAGAACUUAUGGUUUUGAAUGAACAACGAUACUUAGUCGAAAAUAUGCUUAAUUCAGCUGCCAAGGAAAGGCGCUUCGAGGAAGCGAUAUCCUUGAAAACUAAUCUUUCAGAAAUUGAUCAGAACAUAGUGCAUUUAGAAAGUAAGCUAGGUGAUGAAGGCUUUUAA